AUGACUCAAAAGCCGCGCGAAAUACUUCCAAAUGUCAAACGCGAUGUACAAAGAGAACUCAAGGCCGACAAGGACAUCGUCAUUGUGUCCGCGGACAAGGGGCGUUCCACCGUCGUACUGGACAGAACAGACUACCUUCAGAAGGCCAAAAACCUACUGGAGGAUCGCCAGUUCUAUGUCCCAUGUGAAACCAACCCCUUAAAGACGCGGACACGCGAAAUUAAUGCAACACUGUUGGCACUGGAGAACUCGGGUGCAAUAACACCGACUGACCGACGCAUGGCGAGAGCCCAAAGAGCGACCUUGACCCGAUUCUAUGGUCUUCCCAAGGUGCACAAGGAGGGCGCUCCUCUCCGGCCAAUUGUAUCGCUCAAAGGCACUCCAACGUACGGACUGGCGAAAUGGAUGUUUCGGCGCCUCAAAUUUCUGACCGUUGAUUCGGAUUCCACCGUCUGUUCGUCAACACAAUUCCUGAAGAAGCUUAAAGGAUCAAGUCUCUUGCCCAAAUGA